AUGUAUUCCAAAGGUUUCAGCGGCGCUGCCGCACUCUCCGGCCUCGCCAUGGUUUAUGCUCAAGGCAUGGGCUCUCUCCCACCUUGUGCUUCAGGCGCCAUUACACAAGCCUUGGGCUCAACAGGAUGUGCCCUAAGUGAUACUGCAUGUAUCUGUGCCUCCCUGGCGUUUGCCAACAUUGGUACGAGCAUUGCAGGCGCCUGCAGUCCUGAAGAUGUGAAUGCCGCCAUCGCGGCCGGACAGACCAUCUGCGCCGCAGCUCCUUCCGUCUCGAGCACCACCAGCAGUCCACCUCCAGGUGAACCCACACCAGAUCCAAGCGUUAACAACGAUGUGGAUGUAACCUACACCACCGUCUCCGGCACCUUGACCUCCACAACAAUCAUCCCGGAGACUACUCCAGCAGUAAAGACUACCGAAAGCACAUCCCCUUCGACCAUGCAUGGGAACGGCACUCAUACGGGACCUUUGACCACCACUGGUACUAUCACCGUUCAUCCAAGUGGUAGCGGUCCACCUACAGGUACGGGUGCCCCACGACAAUCGACAUUUAUGGGUGAAGGAGCCACUGAGAAGGUACAUGGUCUUUUCGCUGGUGCCGUGGGUCUUAUUGGUGCUUUGGCUUUGGUUUAG